GCAGAUUCAGGUGGUAAAUCCUGAUCCAGCCUCUGACUGUAACACGGCUCAGAGCGGAGCCCUUUGCUUUCCCUUGUAGUGUAUGUUUUGCAGCCCUGCUUCGGAAGCUUCCCUCCCCCUGUGCCGCCAUUAAAGCCCGUCAGUCUGGUAUUUGGGAAAUGGAUUAAAAUGAUUUAAAGUGUCGAAACUAAUGUUCGAGCGACGGGACUGGGGGGGUGGGGGGACUUCUUGUUCGGUGAUGUGUACGGAUGGAUCUUACACUGCCAGGAAAACGGCGCCCCAAAGAAGUAAAUAUGCGGCUAACGGCGUUCAAGUGAGAGGAACCUGAGUUCGGACUGGAGUGGGUUUCUCCGAUCAGUGGGAAGCUCCAUUUGUUUUGGCUGCGCCAGGGGACUAAAGAGUGUAAGCACAGCAAAGCAAAGUGUGCUUUCUGUGUGAUCUCCUGGAGAGUGGAUCUGCCGAGCUGACAGUCCCUCUGAACGGCAGGAAGCCUCCUUCAGUGGCGGUGUGACGAUGACCGAGCUGGUUGCCAAGUGGGCUUGUGAAUACUGCACAUACGAGAACUGGCCGUCAGCCAUCAAGUGCACCAUGUGCCGCGCUCAGAGGCCCAGCAGGGGUGCCAUCAUUACUGAGGAGCCCUUUAAGAGCAGUCCUGCACUGGAUGCCAGUCUGCAUCAGUGGGACCCCGCAGGCCUCAGCAACAGUCCAUCUCAGGGGGGAUCCAGCUUGCUCAUUUGCCCAGACUCAAGUGCCCGACCCCGUGUUCGCAUUUCCGAUGUACCUGAGACUAGUAGCAAGUGGUCAUGCCACAUGUGUACCUACUUGAACUGGCCUCGUGCUAUCCGUUGUACCCAGUGCUUGUGUCAGAGGCAACAGGCUCAACAACAGCAGCAUGGACAGCAUGCAACUCAUCAAGGACAAAUCCAGCAGCCACGCAGUCCCACGGAGUCACCCCAGACCUCAGGCUCUGGAUGUCGCCCGGCUUCUCCGCCCACCACUACAGACUCUUGUGAGGAAUAUAACGACCGCAACAGGCUCAACACUAAUGCACAGCACUGGACCUGCACUGCCUGCACUUAUGAGAACUGGGCCAAGGCCCUCAAGUGUGUUGUGUGUGAUCAUCCCAGGCCCAACAGUUUGCUAGCUGAAUCCAUCGAACUGGCAUCAGAGCCUGGGAGCCAACAACCGUCCUCAAAAGUUAAUGAACAGGACAGGGACAACAGGAGGGGUGUGGCUGGGCAGGGAGUUGGAGGUGUGGGAGGUGUUGUGGGGGGUUGUAGCAGUAGCCAGCGGAGGUCACCUCCAACUGCAAAACGGGAAUCAGAAGUUAACAUGGACUUUCAAAGGAUUGAACUAGCAUCAGGGGCUGGGAUUGGGAGCAAAGAGGAGCUCGAGGUGGAUUUCAAAAAGCUUAAGCAAAUUAAGAACAGAAUGAGAAGGACGGAUUGGCUGUUCCUCAAUGCAUGUGUUGGUGUUGUUGAAGGCGACCUGGCAGCUGUGGAAGCUUACAAGUCAUCUGGAGGCGACAUAGCACGACAGCUGACAUCAGACGAGGUGCGGCUUUUAAAUCGGCCCUCAGCCUUCGAUGACGGCUUCACUCUGGUUCACUUAGCCAUCCGUUUCCAGAGGCAGGACAUGCUGGCGGUGUUACUCACUGAGGUGUCCCAGCAGGCGGCCAAGUGUAUUCCAGCCAUGGUUUGUCCCGAGCUGACAGAGCAGAUCCGUCGGGAGGUUGCAGCUUCUCUUCACCAGCGGAAGGGAGACUUCACCUGCUACUUCCUCACUGACCUAGUCACUUUCACCCUGCCUGCAGAUAUUGAGGACCUGCCUCCAGCAGUUCAGGAAAAAUUGUUUGAUGAAAUUCUGGACCGAGAUGUGCAAAAAGAACUCGAAGAAGAGUCUCCAAUCAUCAACUGGUCCCUGGAGCUCGGAACAAGGUUAGACAGUCGACUGUAUGCUCUGUGGAACCGCACAGCUGGCGAUUGCCUCCUUGACUCUGUGCUGCAGGCUACAUGGGGCAUCUAUGACAAAGACUCUGUGCUCCGCAAGACCCUCCACGACAGUUUACACGACUGCUCCCACUGGUUUUAUACACGCUGGAAGGAGUGGGAGUCUUGGUAUUCCCAGAGCUUCGGGCUGCACUUCUCCCUUCGAGAGGAGCAGUGGCAGGAAGACUGGGCUUUCAUCCUAUCCCUUGCUAGCCAGCCAGGAUCCAGCUUGGAGCAGACCCACAUUUUCGUUCUUGCACACAUACUUCGUAGGCCUAUUAUCGUCUAUGGAGUGAAGUAUUACAAAAGUUUCCGUGGUGAAACACUCGGGUACACCCGUUUUCAAGGUGUGUACUUACCCCUUUUGUGGGAACAGAGUUUCUGCUGGAAGAGCCCGAUCGCUCUGGGCUACACACGGGGCCACUUCUCAGCGCUGGUGGCCAUGGAGAACGACGGCUUCGACAAUCGCGGUGCGGGUGCCAACCUCAACACAGACGACGAUGUGACGGUCACGUUCCUGCCGCUGGUGGACAGCGAGAGGAAGCUGCUUCAUAUUCACUUCCUCUCGGCACAGGAAAUGGGGAAUGAGGAGCAGCAGGAGAAGCUCCUGCGGGAGUGGCUGGACUGCUGCGUGACAGAGGGCGGCGUUCUGGUGGCCCUUCAGAAAAGCUCCCGCCGUCGCAACCACCCGCUCGUCACCCAAAUGAUGGAGAAGUGGCUGGACGGCUACCGGCAGAUCCGUCCCUGUGCCUCCUUGUCUGACGGCGAAGAGGAGGAAGACGAUGAUGAUGAGUGACAAAACUGAAGCUGAGGGAGUUGGUCCGCAGGGGGGCGGGACUCCUCCUUAUACUUUCUUUCUUACAUUUUUUUUAUUAGGUUUCAUUUUGCUUUUUCUUUGUUUUGUUUUGCUUUCCUGACACGGACAAACUGUGAAAGCCUUCAGCAGAGGACAGGGAACCACAAGCCCCCCCCCCCCCCACCUCUCCACCAACACUGACAAGAAAAACAUGGCUGCGCCACUGGCACAUGCAGGACUCUUACAAAGACCUACACCUACACUCUGACCAACCAGAGGCUGACAGAGAAUUGGAGAGAGAAUAAAGGUUUAUGAGUGCAAAUGGCCCUUUGAUUUGUUUUGAGUUUCAAAUGUAAAGAGAUUUAAAAAAAAAAAAAAAACAUUAUCCAUAGAUGUAAAUGCAUGUGGUUGUUCAGAAAAAGAGUUAAAGGAAAUAUACCAGCAUUGAAUCAAAUCAACACUUUAUAUCUGUUCAGUGUGGGCACUGACAAAAGCACACUUCCAAUUUGAUCUUUUGAAGUUUUUCCAGUUGGCUUGUUUAGCAUUGUUUUGUUUUUUAAAAGGCAGGAAAAAAGCCAAUAAAUAUAAUCUUCAGAAAACCAGAGACUGUGUAAUAAUAAACUUUAAUCCUUAUUACUAAGCACUGCACAUUUAUUAAAACAUUUCUUUACAAAUACAGUAUCAUUGCUUGAAUUAAGAUCGUAUAUGAAGCUCUUUAAAAAGGGAGAUUUACCCUUCACUACUCACUAAGGUUUAGCACACUAACAUUCAUGUUGGAUAUUUGGUUCUUUUUACAGACUGACUGAACUGAGAAGGUGUGUGUGUGUGUGCAUGCAUGCGUUUCUUUUUUGUUUGUUUUUUUUUGUCUUUGAAUUUAUUCUGCAUAUUUAUUGUUUUGAAACUUAUUUGAGCUAAUUAGAGCUUUCUGUAUAUUUUUCUGUUUUUGUGUGUGUGGUUUUAAUUAUUUACUCAAAUCUCAAUGAAGACACGGUGCACAGAAACACUGUUGCUGCAAGAAAAGAACCAACAUGAACAUCAGUGGAAAGUUUACUUGUUGCAUGGAAUUUAGUACCUCGUCUGGAUGCUUAAACUCUGGUGCUUUUAAUUUGGGUGGUUGAGUAGGCAACAGCAAGACACAUUUAAUAAAUGUCAGAGUGAAACCCCCAGUCACACUUGUCUAAACUCUUGUCGUCUACUUCCUGUUUGUCCCUUCGUUCCUUAAAGCAUUUGUUGUCGAGCUCACCCUUGUGGUACAAGUCAGUUCACCUCCUCUCUGAAGCCUGUUUGUCGUCUACCCAUAUUUUUAAUCAAAGUUGUUGUGAAAAAUUACAACAUUUAAAACCAAAGCUGACAAUAAAAAG